GAGAAACUUUUCAGGUGCUUGGAAUGUGGGAAGAGCUUCAGGAAGAGCUCCAUCCUCAUCCGACACCAGCACAUCCACACUGGUGAACGUCCCUACACGUGUAGGGAAUGUGGGAAGAGCUUCAACCAGAGCUCCCACCUGGUCAAACACCAGCGCAUUCACACUGGGGAACGGCCCUACAUGUGUAAUGAUUGUGGGAAGAGCUUCAGUGUCAGCUCCAACCUGAUCCAACACCAGUGCAUCCACAGUGGGGAACGGCCCUACACGUGUUGGGAAUGUGGGAAGAGCUUCAACUACAGCUCCAGCCUUCGAACCCACCAGCUCAUCCACACCGGGGAACGGCCCUACAAGUGCUUGGUAUGUGAGAAGAGGUUUCCGACCAGCUCAGAUCUCCUCGUGCACCAGCGCACGCACACAGAUGAGAGGCCCUUCCGCUGCACCCACUGUGGGAAGGGCUUCAAGCACAACUCCACCCUCAUCAUCCACCAGCGCAUCCACACUGGAGAGAGGCCGUACAAGUGUGGGGAGUGUGGGAAGAGCUUCACCCACAGCUCUGCCUUGACCAGACACCAACGGACCCACCGGUAAGGGAAGCCCUACCAGUGCCCCGACUGCGGGAAGAGCUUCAGACACUGCUUCCACCUCGAAUGAAGCCCCUGAUGUUGAGGCAACCCCUGGAGUCCAGUGACUGUCAGUCCAUCCCUUUCGACCACAAACGGCCAGUCCCCUUUCACAGGGACAGGUUCUUCCAACAGAACCCUUCCUGGUGGGGUGUGUGGAGAUUCCUGCCUUGACUGGGGACCCCCCAAGGUCACUGCUGGAGGUUGAGAGCAGAGAUCUCUCCACCAGCAUUGGUCUGGGGGAGUUCCAUCCAUCUCCAAUUAAGAAUUAUUGCUUUUGUGCCAGCUUAAGUAGAGUUGCUUCAACAAUUGCUUUAGUGUAGAGCACUGUCCUAUCUUAUCCUGUACUCCUGGUAGUUUUAGUGUUCUAUUGUGCAGUAAAUAAUUCUGAUGAAGA